GCAGAAGGUUCAUUGUGGCUGGUGGUGCAGUUAACUUGGGAUACCAUAAUCUUUCGUUAUGAGUCUUGGGAUCAAUUUGAGGAAUACACAUUGCCUGGUUCAAAAGCAUUUUUGUUGGAAUCAUUGCCUACAGAUGCUGCUUAUACAGUGCAGCGACCACCUGAGCAGGAAAAAUGGGUUCUGCGCCAAAUAAUAAGGGAUUUUUCGACGGAUUUAUAGUCAAAAGAAGCUCAGGUUGUGUGCCAUCGGUUGAAAAUUCCAAAAUCUGUGUCAAAUCCGACUCUGAUAGUGAAAUUUUGACGCCUCAAGUUCUUCCUCAAGACCCUAGUAUGCAGCUUCUUCCGCUCUACGAAGAGAAUUUUCUGCUUGAGGCGAUAGACAAGAUUAUCAAAAAACGCUGGCGUGUUAUUGGCUGUACAACACGAUACGGUUGGCUGGCUGCAUGCUCUUACAAGCGCACCAUAUCCUCCGAAGAUACGAAAAUAAUAUCUGCGCUAGGCAACAAGAUUGGCAUUCAAAACUACAGUGAAGCAAUCGAAAGAAUUGAAAAUUUGGCGAAAUCACUUCACCCCAGGGAUGUGCCAGCAGUUGCCAUAGCUGUUUUAAACGAACUGCAUACUGCACUUAUGUUGAGGCAACGUAGAAGAUUAAAAUCGAGUUUCCGAUUAGUAAAGAAUCGCUGUCCUACUAUCUUUACUAUUUCAGACGUCUGUAAGAUUGGGAGCACAGAUUUGAACUGAAUAUUACUUUGAGGUUUCGGCACUUGAAUCUUCGCACGUUCUGAUUCGUGAUCAAUGGGUAACAAGUUAUGACAUUUUUUCUCAUCCAACAUAGUGUGGAUUAAUACUAGAGAUUUGUAUGAUCGUACUUAUGUAAGGGUUUCAAUAUUAAAAAU